AUGUGGGGUGAGACUUAAGAAAUAGGAGGGGCUUCUGAACGACUAGAAAUGUCAAUCAGAGCAAGGAGUCCCAAUAAUCUAAGGCAAUCUGUAAGGACCUGACCUUAGUCCAUUCAGAUCAAUAGGGAAGUGAGGGAGGAAAGCGCAAUCGGAUCAUUUACACUGGCUGUUUCAGAGGAAAUAUAGACUUCCCUUACACUUUGUACUCACUGUAAAGUGGAUAUCUUAGAACGCACUAAGAGGGCGACUUCCCGUUUUUCGUGAUUGCAGCACGCUUUUUCCCCGCGACAAUGUCUUUCCCGCAGCUGGGAUAUCAGUACAUCCGACCGAUAUACCCACAGGAGCGCCAGGGGAUCGCUAGCGCCCGACCCGGGACAGAGUUGAGCCCGUCCGGAGCUCUCUCCAACGUUCUCUCAACUAUGUACGGAUCACCUUUCGCAGCGGCGCAGGGCUAUGGAGCCUUUCUUCCUUAUUCUAAUGAUCUCUCCAUUUUCAACCAGUUGGGUGCUCAGUACGAACUGAAAGACAGCCCAGGCAUCCAGCACCCCGGGUUCGCUCAUCAUCCAGCCUUCUAUCCCUACGGCCAGUAUCAGUUUGGUGACCCAUCCAGACCCAAAAAUGCUACCAGGGAGAGCACUAGCACCCUAAAGGCCUGGCUCAGCGAACACAGGAAAAACCCGUAUCCUACUAAGGGGGAGAAGAUCAUGCUGGCCAUCAUCACCAAAAUGACCCUCACUCAAGUGUCCACCUGGUUUGCCAACGCCAGGAGGAGGCUAAAGAAGGAAAACAAGAUGACCUGGACUCCGAGGACCCGCACUGAUGAAGAAGGAAAUGUUUACAGCAGCGAUCACGAGGGAGACGAGGGGGACAAGAGGGAAGACGAGGAAGAAAUCGAUUUAGAAAAUAUUGACACGGAAAAUAUCGAAAACAAGGAUGAUUUGGAUGACCAGGACGACCUGAACGCCGAUUUGAAAUUAGAUGGCAGAAGCGAUUCGGAAAUUUCGGACGGCUAUGAGGAUUUACAAGGGGCAGACCAAAGGUUUCUCAAAUCUGUGGUGGAAGAGGGCAAAGAGAUUCGCGUGGAGCGGGAUGAUCACUUCCACCACCACCACCACCACCACUCCUUUGAAAUAAAGGCGCCACAGCCAAACGGCGACCAAAUGAAACUGAACCCCGCAUCCACCAACUCUCCCCGUUCAGAAAACAACGCGGCCCCAGCCCAAAAACCAAAGAUUUGGUCGCUGGCUGAGACAGCUACAACCCCGGACAAUCCUAGAAAAUCUCCACUAAUGAAUGGGAGCUCCGCUGGGCCUGCCCAGACCCUCAUAGCUCCACACAGACUCAUCUCAUGCCCUGUUGGGAAAAUCCAGAACUGGACAAAUCGAGCUUUCUCGGCCCAUCAGCUUGCGUUACUUAACUCAAACCAUUACCUCGGACUGGCAAACCAAGCCUCGGCGAACGGCCUAGCUCUCUACAGCAGGCACGCGGAAGAAAAGAGUCAUAAUUCAGACUCAUCUGUUACAGAAAGAUCUAGUGCCUUGGAAGCAGAGAAAACGUUGUUAAAAACAGCCUUCCAUCCAGUUCAAAGACGGCCUCAGAACCAACUCGAAGCGGCGAUGGUUCUAUCCGCGCUCUCCUCCUCGUAGGGUCUCUUGUGAUUUUUCUAUUUCCUUUUAAUCUGUUGUAAGGAAUGUAAAAUAAGAAUAUUACAUCUCUGUAUACUUACCUUGUAAGCAUGUCCAGUGUAAAACUGCUAAUGUUAUAAUGUAUGAACAUGUAGUCUGUGAGUUUUUCUUUUUUUUUCUUUUUGUAAGUUCUGUGAGGAUUUGAUGUUGAAAUGUUUUGUAUAUAACGUAAAGAAAAUGUACAUACUUGUGAACCAAAUUGUACAAGAAAGUCUAUAUUUUGGCUAAUAAAUGAACUGCUGCAACUUUAUAACUACAGAUGUGUUUUUCAUGCAGUGGUUUUCCAAAAUUAUUUGGUGCUCUGAAAUGUGUACAAAAAUUCUUAUGCUGGGCCCUUUUAACUGUGGCAGUCAAUGAGCAAAAGGGCAUUGCUGGUAGAAAGUUGAGGGGAGGUUAUUGUCUGAGCUUUGCUACAGUGUAGGCUACAUAUGAAGAGGAUUGAAAGUAUUUUCAUAUUUUAGGGACUUAACUGUAAUUAGCUUCGAACAUUUGGAUAUUAAUGGAGCAGGAUUAUCUUCAUUGAGGCGGAACAGCCGAUUUUAAGUGAAUAAUGAUUUCAUUUAUAUUGGUCUGGAAUUGUAUGAAGCUCACAAGCACUCAAUGUGUAUUAAUAUUCCAGUCUUAAAAUAUUUGAGGCUAUGGGGUUAAAUGUUGUCCUUAGUGGAUUAUUUGCAUAAUCAAGGGAUUCAUGUGAUAUUCUGCGAUUUUGCUAUUUUAAAAAUGUAUAAUGAAUUUUAAUCAGACAUUGAUGCUGUACUGCUUACCAUAUGCCUCCAAUACAUUGUGAAAUAAUUUA